UCUCUUUUCCACCAUCCACACAAUUUUUUUACCGGUCUUUGAGAGCGGACACGUAAAGAUUUCUGCAACAGUCGUGUUUGUUUAGUAAAGUUAAUAAAACAAAUUUUGCACUAAAAUUAAGAAAAUUUAUGCAUAAGUAUUAAAUUGUAAUUAAGUUGUGUGUUUUUAUUGUCAACGAAUUUAUUGUAAGGGAAAUUAAAAAUGGCGUGGCAAAAAUGUAUAACUUUGGCAAUAAUUGCUUUAAUUUUGCCAUCUUUUAUGGCCGCCGAAGAAGGAGCAGAAGAAAACUUUGCUGUUGAAUUGACGGUCGAAAAUUUCGAUGAAGCCAUUGCAAAAAAUAAUCAUUUUGUUAAAUUUUUUGCACCUUGGUGCGGUCAUUGCAAACGCUUACAUCCCCUCUGGGAACAAUUGGCAGAAAUGAUGAAUGUCAAAGAUGAACCCCAAGUCAUUAUUGCCAAAGUCGAUUGUACUCAACAACAAGAAUUGUGCGCUAAACAUGAAAUUACCGGGUAUCCCACUUUACGUUUCUUCAAAUUGGGCGAAAGCGAAUCGGUAAAAUUCAAGGGAACUCGUGAUAUGCCUGCCAUUACAGAAUUCAUUAAUGAACAAUUGAAUGGUGACAAUGAAAUUCCCCAUGGCGAAGGCUCUGAAGCUAGUGCUCCAGUUGCCGCUAAAGGCAAACUUGUUGAAUUGACAGAGGAAAAUUUCGCUAAACAUGUUUCCAGUGGUAAUCACUUUGUUAAAUUCUAUGCUCCCUGGUGCAGCCAUUGUCAACGUUUGGCUCCUACUUGGGAACAAUUGGCCAAGACUUUGCAAAAUGAAAAAGCUGUAAGCAUUGCCAAGAUUGACUGUACCGUCUAUCGUCCCAUUUGCCAGGACUUUGAAGUUAAGGGUUAUCCCACUCUCUUGUGGAUUGAGGAUGGCAAGAAGAUUGAAAAAUACUCCGGCUCUCGUGGUCAUGAUGAAUUACAGGCUUAUGUUAAGAAAAUGAUGGGCAGUGAUGGCAAUCAAGAAGCUGCUGCUACCGAAAAGCCUGUCAGUGGUGAACAAGAUAAAUUACAAGUUUUACAAUUGACUGGUGAUAACUUUGAGAAAUCUGUAGCUGAAGGUGUCACCUUUGUCAAAUUCUAUGCUCCCUGGUGUGGUCAUUGUCAAAAGUUGAGUCCUGUCUGGGAUCAAUUGGCUGAGAAAAUGCAUGGUGGCGAAAAAUCCGUUAAAAUUGCUAAAGUCGAUUGUACUUCUGCUGAGAACAAGAAAUUGUGUGUUGACCAACAAGUCGAAGGUUAUCCCACCUUGUUCGCUUACAAAAAUGGUGAACGUCAAAGUGAAUAUGACGACAGUCGAUCACUGCCCGAAUUAGUUAGUUAUAUUAGCAAAUUCGUGGGUCACGAUGAAUUGUAAAAGGUUUUUUAAUGAAUAAUUGCAGCUGCUCUCUUUUCUACAUACCUUUUACUCUAUCCACUAUAACCACCGUUUCAUCUUCCCCUCUUGUAUUUGAA